AUGACAAAUACAUUAAGUUCAUUUAAAUUAAAAUAUCCUGUAAUAUUAUCACAUGGAUUAUUUGGGUUUUCUAGAUUAGGACCACUUGUAUACUUUAAUAAUAUUAUUCAACCAUUAAAACUUUAUGGAAUAAAAUGUGAAGCUACAACUGUUCAUCCCACAGAUAGUAUAAAAAAUAGAUCAUUAGAUCUUUACAAACAAAUGAAUGAAAUAAUGAAAACUUAUAAUACUGAUCAUUGUCAUUUUAUAGCACAUUCAAUGGGUGGUCUAGAUAGUCGUUAUUUAAUUAGUCAUCUGGAUCAAAAUCAAAGUGUUUUAUCAUUAACAACAUUAUCAACACCACAUAGAGGUAGUUAUAUUGCAAAAUGGUCAAUUGAAAAUAUAACAGAAAGAUUUUAUUUUGAAAAGUUUGCAAAAAUUCGUAGUAUACCAUUUGAAGCAAUUGCAAAUUUAACACCAGAUUACCUGCAAACUGAUUUCAAUCCAAAUGUUUUAGAUCAACCACAUGUGACCUAUUAUAGCUAUGGUGCAUACAAAGAUUCAAUAUCAAAUGUAUUCACACCAUUGUAUUAUUUUCAUGAUAUCCUAACUAAAAAAGAAGGAAAAAAUGAUGGUUUGGUAAGUUUAGCAAGUGCAAAAUGGGGUGAACAAUUUAAAGUCAUUUCAAAUUGCGAUCAUAGAGAUCUCAUUAACUUGGGUUGGAGUGGUUAUAAUGCUUUUCCAAUCUAUGAAAAUAUUAUUCGUGAUCUUUAUAAAUUAGAACAAGAUUAUAUUACAAAUCCAAAAUUACUUUCAACUUUUAUAUUAAAUAAUAAUGAUGAAAAUAAUAAUAAUAAUAAUAAUAAUAAUAAUAAUAAUAAUAAUAAUAAUAAUAAUAAUAAAUAA